AAUUUGACAUUGACGAUACUUAUUACUUGUGCAUUGCAGUGAUGCAGUCAGUUGUUGUUAUUACAAUUUUUAGUUCAAUUUUGUUCAAUAGUAGAUAGUUAUAAUCCAUUAAAAGCCGAUUAUAAUCAAAAGUUAAUUUACAUGUUGAUUUAUAUAAAUGAAGACUCCGCGUAAGCCUCACGGCAGCAUAAUGAGGAAAUAUUAUCAGCUGAUUCUUGUUGUUGUAUGUUUUAUAAGUAUUAUUACACUUUUAAUAUAUCGUCACGAAUACUAUCGGCUACGAUAUGUAUUAGAAGUACUAAAUUUUUUUGGGAAGCCAGGCUUGUCUGAAAUUGAGUUUUGCGGUCCCGGCUUUAAUGCGACCAUGCUGUCUGAAAUACUUCGUAAUUCUUCAAUGGAGGUGCGUGAGACUCCACCUUUAUUCCAAGAAAUUGAUGAAAACUUUUAUUCCUAUUCGUCCUUCCUACGAUCUUACAAUAAAUACGAUAAACUUUCGCCUUCAAAUCCGCAUGUUAUAGACACGAUCGUCAUCGGUAAGGCCGAUGUGACGCCGAAAUACCGAUGUAAUAUUUGGCUUGAAAAUAAUACCAAGCCUAAAGCUGGCCGAUUCAACUAUAAAUUAGUGUCUGAUACUAUAAAUAAUUAUCGUUUGUACAUAUUUGAAUGUACAUUGAGCAAAAAUUUAGGAAAGCCAAGAGGCAUAAGUUUCUAUGUUAAUGAUUACAAUGUAAACCCUAUGCAUGCUCCAAUCAAUAAAAUGAUUCAAGUUAAUACGAAAAGGAAGCCCAGGGAGAGAAGCAAUAUAAAAUUUGUGAAUAACAUUGAGCCUGCAAUAUGCAUCAUACCAAAUCGCAUACCAAUAGUAUCGAGAGAUGAAUUUAUUGAAUUCCUAGUGUUUCACCAUUUAAUUGGAGUUGAUUAUUUCACUAUUUACGACAGCAUGAUAUCAGAGGAUGUUAUAAGAAGACUGAAUUUGUUUCCUUCUGAUAUAACACAGUGGGAAAUUCAAUUUUAUCCAUUGAAUUAUCCAUUCUUAUUUUCAAAAUCGUACGACAUUGUGAGGAAUGCAAUUGAACUGGACUGUUUAUUCAGACACUUUAGAUAUGAUAAAGAGGAAACAGAUAAAAUAAGCCAUGUUGCAGUACUUUCUUGGGAUGAAUUUUUAGUACCCCGAGUUCAUAAUAACUUUAAAGAUGUUUUAGAUGAUUUUGAUCCAACAAGAUCACUACGAACCUAUGUUGUCGAACCUUUAAUGUUUUGCUUGAACCAAAAUGAUGAUGAUAAUGCUGAAAUAGGAUAUCCGGAUAUAACAAAGAAAACUCAUUAUUACACAAUGCCUCAAGACAAAACUCCAAUAAAAAUAAGAAAUUUUGAUACUAUGACUUCGUUUGAUGAUCUGUUUAAUCUAACAUCCAGUAUUAAGGAUAUACCUUUAGACUUACUAGGAGCACAUAAGUAUAGUGUAUGUAGAGAUAACAAAAAAUUCCACCCAGAAGGCUACAAUGAAACAGAAAUGCAGGUGUUCCCGCACAAGUUUGAAGGAGCGAUGCUUAAAUUUGGUCAACCUUUAGUAAGCAAUAAAAUUUAUAGAUUGUAUAGAUCUGGUCAAAUUUGGGAUAAAAGUUAUAAUGAUAAUGUCAGAGAUAUGUUAUAAGUAAGUUGAUAGAGUUUUGAUUAUAAUUAUAUUUAUUGGUUAAAUGUUUAUAUAUAUAUAUAUAUUAUAUAGUAUAUAUGUGUUUUUAGAACAUGUUUUAAUCCUAAUCUUAUACUAAUGAUUACAUGUGCUUGUUAUUUCAGGGACCGCUACUAAUCAAUAUGCUAUUAUGUCCCGUGCAUAAAAUAAAAAAAUGCCACAAUGUUAUAAGUGAAUAGAAUUUAAACAAAAUAGUAUUAUAUAGAAAUUAACAUUUAUUACAGUGUGUUAAAUGUGUUGUGCAUUUUGUUUAUUAAUUUGUUAUAUCAUUGGUUAGAAACAAAGAGAAUGUGUGCCUUUUUAGAAGAUGAGGGUAGUUAGCUAGUUUUAAUCCAAUUUGUAUGUUUUAAAUUCAGUAAAAUUUAUUAGUAUAGGGACCAUUAAUUUAUCAGACAUACUGCCAAGAUAUAGUAUAAAGUUGUCUUUGUUUUUAUAAACAUAGAAAGGCAGGCGAAGAUGAACUAGCAAUGAAGUCUGUAGAUCACCUUAGUAGUAUGACCUUCAUUAAUAGACAAUUAUGGUAACAGCUGUAACUGACAAUGCCAAUAUUAUGCAAUGGGAUAAUUUUUACACUCGCCUUAUAUAUUUAAAUUUGAACACAGCAGUGGAACUGAUGAAUCAUUUAAUGAGGCAUUUGAAUACUACCACCAAAUAUCACUAAUGGAAAGUUUUGAAAUGGAAUAAGCUAUAAAUAUUUAAUCUUCUCAUGUGUGGCUUGGCCAUCAGAUAAUUUCACCCGUAAGCUUAAUAAAAAAAAAAACAUAAGUAAUUUUUUUAUUUUUAAUAUUGUAUUUAAAAUAAAACUGAUCUUGCUUUGAACACAGACUGCUUGAUUAUACAAAUUAUAAUUAUAUUGUAGUUAUACCCUUAUGACAGUUGUCUCAAUUCAAUUAAUCUAGUCCAAGUGAUGUAUGAUUGCAGGUAUAUAUUUUUUUUGUAAUGUUCGCUAAUGUUUUUCACACUAUGAACCAAUUAAAGGUUGUUGUAUUAUUAUAA